UGAUCGUUUUCUACUAGUGCUGUUACACCUAUCCUCUUAUGUGUAAUAUUACUCACAGGUGACCGAUUCAGACGGUCACUGUCCGAACCACCUAAAAAACAAGCUUCUACCUAAGUGAUGACAUGUAUAUGCCACUACUCACUGUCCACUUGUUUCGCUUCAGGCAUAAAAUGCCACUGUGUUGCUCUUGUGAAAUUACUAGAAUUUGACUUGCUAACACCCUCCCGUUUGUUUUGACUCACCUAACCCAAAAGUAUCUUAUCCCCAAGCGAAAAAUCCAAAAAUACUUUGCUCUCAUGUGCUUCUCAUCGCAACAUUGGACCCCUUAAAAGUCUUGUUCAGGAUCGAAAACCACACUUGAAGCCUUGCAUCAUUGCAUCGAGAUGGUCCUUCUCGUUGCUUCUCUCCUCAAGUAAGUUAACUCUAAUGCUCUACAGACCUAGCCUCCAGGGCUUCUUUCCUUGACUGCUUGUGUAUUCUUUAGCCGCUACCGCCUUACAAGGCACAGAUCCUCUCUGCCUUGUGCUAUUUCUCUGGUGCAACUGCUACAGAUAUGAAAACUGAAAUCAUUUGGGCAUAAAGGCUGCUACUGCGGCAGCUUUCCUCUGCGCCGUUUGUCUCCAAAACUUUUGCAUUUACCUGCAGUCUCUGCAUCUGCGAUAUAGCACAUGCUGUUGGCAUCGCAAGUUCACAGCCUCAACAACCAUCCAAUACAGCGACACAUGCACGUACAUGUAGUGGUCUCCCCUUGAUGCAAAUCUUCUUUGCACCGUUGGAGUUUGCAUGACCUCGCGUCGAUCAACGCCAAGAAAUCUCUCCUACGGCCUGGAGCAGACGAAGAUGGAGAGCCAAGUAACGCAGGAGCCCGCUGCCCCUGGUGUCGACGGCGAGGACGUAUUCUUCUGUGUGGCCGCAACGUCCAGGGGCAAGAAGAGCAAGCUUUCCUACUUCCGCUCAAACGCCGUCGGCGAGGAGGCGGAGGCAGCCGCCCGCGCGCUGGCCGAGCUCUGCCUCGGCCACGCGCCGGAGCACCAUUGGUGGCACCACCACACCGUCGACGGGAGGCGCACGUUCGCGUUCCUCACUGGUGCGGCCGACGAUGGCCGCACGUACCUCGCCGUGGCCGACCCGACGCCGGGCAGCGCCGAGGUCGUCCGGUUCCUGGAGCGCGUCCGGGACGCGUGCAAUGCCGCGCCCCGGAGGCGCCGCCGCGACGAGGCCGUGUCCCGCGUCGUGCGGCAGUUCCUGCAGACGCUGCAGCAGGCAGGGCCGAGCUCGAACGCGGUGCUCCCCGACGGUUCGCUUGAUGAGGAGCCGGCGUACGCCGACGACGACAAGGACGACGAGGAGGAGGCGCAACCGGAGGAAGCCGUGCAACGGCGGCGGGCGCCGAGGCGGCGAUCCUGGAGGCGCACGUGGUGGCAGCGGCACGCCAUGGCCGUGAUCGGCGUGGACCUGGUGCUCUGCCUGGUCCUGUUCGCCGUGUGGAUGGCGGUGUGCCAUGGCUUUAGUUGUGUUCAGCGAUGAACGGCACAGCGUGCUCAACCGUUGCUUGUAUGCACGGCGUGUUAUCGUAGCAACCUCUAAAUAUAGAUCAAUUUAGGUAUCUGAAAUUGGCUCGUGGUUUAAGGAGAUGAUCAUCAACGCAAGUAACACUUGGAGAUAAUUCAUGCAUCUGUACGAGUCCUGUCUACAAUCGAAAUUCAUCGUCAUAUGGAACAGCUCAGGGUCGGCUUUGUUUGUUGCCCUUUGUUAGAAAUGAUAACUGGCAGAUGAUUGUUGUGAA